CAUCAUAAGCUGAACUACUUUCCCUCCCUUCCCCUGUUAUUCCCAAGAAUAACUAUCCUUACAAGAUAUACCCUUUUCUCAAGCAUCAUUUUCCUCUCCUUAUUUCCUUCUUCCUUAGAUUCAUUUUCUUUUCUCUCUCUCUUUUUUUUUUUCUCUCAUUUCACAGCUGAAUUACCUCCCUAACAAACCCAGAAAAUCUAUGACGUAAAUUGUCACAUCCUUUAUUUCUAAGAGCUCUCUUCUCCUUCAUUUUAACCAUAAUAAGGUCAAGGAGAGCUCUUAGAUUUUUCAAGGGAAACCCCAAAUAUCCUCCCAAAAUGACUAUACCAGGGGAAGAAAUUCAAGAAACCCAACAAAACCCAGAAAUGGAAUUACACACUGCAUUUGCUAACAUGGGAAUAAAAAUGAGUGAACCUUCACCAAGGGGUGUAUUAGAAAUCCCAAUUUCCGACGCUUAUUCGGUUACGGACAGCCCAACAAGCGUCAGUAGCAGCAGCAGUUGCAACUCUUCUUCAAUGGAGAAAUCAUCAUCGCCAUCAAAGGCAGGAGCAGGAGCAGGAGCAGGAGCAGGAGCAUUUAAUCCCUUAACUUAUGGGGUACAAAUAAAAGGGUUUCUUGAUUCAAUGAAGAGGAAAUCUGGGGUAAGAAGAUUUUCUACAUCCACCAUAAAUUUGUUGAGUAAUAGCUAUGAUCUCUCUGCUAAGAGCCUGAAGAAAUUUGCUCGAAUUCGAAGCGCCGAAGAUAGUAUUGAUUGCGGACUUUUAUCGGCAGCUAAACCUUCUUGGAGGAAUUUUAAGUAUUCAGAGCUUGCAGCUGCUACAGAUCAUUUUAGUCCUGGGAGGAUGCUAGGGAAAGGGGGGCAUGCAGAAGUGUACAAAGGGUGUUUACCUGAUGGUACACUUGUAGCUGUGAAGAGGUUAACAAAGAAGGGAGACAAAGAAAAUGGGGAAAGAACUGCUGAUUUCUUAUCAGAGCUUGGAAUCAUUGCCCAUGUUGAUCAUCCAAAUACUGCUAGACUGCUCGGCUUUGGCGUUGAAGGCGGUCUAUACUUAGUCCUUCAAUUUGCUCCAAAUGGCAGUGUUGAGUCUUGUCUUCAAGGAUUAUCAGGUGGUUUGGAUUGGAUGACUCGGCUGAAGAUAGCUGUAGGAGUAGCAGAAGGAUUAAGUUACCUUCAUCACACUUGCCAGAGGCGAAUAAUUCAUCGAGACAUCAAAGCUUCAAAUAUACUACUUGCUGAAGAUUAUGAACCACUGAUAUCUGAUUUCGGGCUUGCAAAAUGGCUACCUGAAAAAUGGCUUCACCAUGUGGUGUAUCCUAUUGAGGGCACAUUUGGAUAUCUGGCUCCAGAGUAUUUCAUGCACGGGAUUGCUGAUGAGAAAACAGAUGUAUUUGCAUACGGUGUGCUUUUACUGGAGAUCAUAACAGGCCGUCAUGCUGUCGCUGUUGAUUCCAGUCGACAAAGCCUUGUAAUGUGGGCUAAACCUUUCCUUGACACAAGCAACAUGAAGGAAAUAGCAGACCCCAAAUUGGGAGACAAUUAUAACCCAGAGGAAAUGAAACGCAUCAUGGCAAUAGCUUCCAUGUGCAUUCACCAUACACCCAGCAAGCGCUCCUUCAUGAACGAGGUUGUGGAGCUACUCAGGGGAGAAGGAGGACCUGUAGUUGAAGAGAUAAGGCAGAAGUCAUUUUCCCAAAGAUCAAUAAUGUUGGAUUCGUGUGACUUGGAAGAUUACACUUGCUCAAACUACCUCCAGGAUCUCAAUCGGCAUAAGGAGCUAGUCAUGGAGUGAUUCAUCUCUCUUUAUUCAUUUUGUGAGGGUUAUAGGCUAUAUUCGUUUCCUUCCUAGUGUGCAAAUUCUUUAGGAUGUUGAAUGUAAAGACUGAAGAUUAAGUACACCGCUGUGAAGUAUAGAGAUUAUAUAAGUCUAUUAUCUCCAUCGAAGUAGCUAAGUUGAAGUCUCGCGCUCUCUCUCAGAGAGGAAAGAAACUAUGUAUUGGUUAGCUUGGGAAUCUAGAGCUCUGUACAGUUCAAAAUAGUUUUGGUGUUAUGUCCAGAAGUAAGAAAUCCUAGUCAGUCUGAAACAAUCGGAUUUCCUACAAGUUCGAAACAGGAAAAUCGGUAAUGACUUGACUUGAAUUUCCAUGGCAAAUGGCAAUAAGAACAAGUUCCAUGGCAAAUGGAGUAGUAUUGUAGUAUAGAACAUGCAGCUCCUAAAGGUGACAGUUUUCAUUUGUAGUUUUGAAAGAUUCCAAUAAUAACGGAUUCAAGGAUGAACAACUUUCUGAAAAAUCAAUACAUCUUAUAUUUUUCUUAGAA